CACCUCUCCCUCGCCUCUCAUAUUUCCUCUGUCUCAAUUCAUCCUGAGUGAGUUGGGAAUAAUACUUGCUUUAUCUGAGCGUUUUAUUUACCUAUAUUAACCCCACGUUUUCCUUUUAUUUAUCUUCGACAUCCUACCUCUCUAGCUGUCUAGGGAUUACGCGCCGCGACAUCAGCUUUUAGCCACCCAUCUUUUUCCUCACUACCAGCACCACCACCCAUCACCAUGUCUCACGAGGAGGAUCUCAUCGACUACUCCGACGAGGAGCUCCAGACCACCGACGCGGCGGCGACCACUGCUGCUCCCGCUGCGAAUGGAGCCGAAGAGAAGAAGGGCGACUUGACGGUCACGGGCGGCCGCCCGGACAAGAAGGGAAGCUACGUCGGUAUUCACUCGACCGGUUUCCGCGACUUUUUGCUCAAAGGAGAACUUCUACGUGCCAUCACCGAUUGCGGUUUCGAACAUCCAUCGGAGGUCCAGCAAGUCUGCAUUCCGACCGCUAUCCUGAACGUCGACGUUCUCUGCCAGGCCAAGUCUGGUCUCGGAAAAACCGCGGUCUUCGUCUUGACUACCCUCCACCAAUUGGAAGCUGUUCCUGGGGAAUGCUCCAUCCUUGUUAUGUGUCACACUCGUGAGUUGGCAUACCAGAUCAAGAACGAGUAUGCUCGGUUCAGCAAGUACCUUCCCGAUGUGAAGACUGCAGUCUUUUACGGAGGUACUCCAAUUCAGAAGGACAUCGAAGUCCUUUCCAACAAGGAAUCGUUCCCCAACAUCGUCGUUGCUACUCCUGGUCGUCUCAACGCUUUGGUCCGUGACAAGAAGCUCUCUCUGCGUAACGUCAAGGCAUUCGUUCUUGACGAGUGUGACAAGAUGUUGGAUCAGAUUGACAUGCGCCGUGACGUCCAGGAAAUCUUCCGUGCGACCCCUGCUGACAAGCAGGUUAUGAUGUUUAGCGCUACGCUCUCGCAGGAAGUCCGACCUAUCUGCAAGAAGUUCAUGCGGAACCCGCUCGAGGUCUACGUGGAUGAUGACACCAAGCUCACUCUCCACGGUCUCCAGCAGUACUACGUUAAGCUCAGUGAGGCGGAGAAGAACCGCAAGUUGAACGAACUCUUGGACAGCCUCGAGUUCAACCAGGUCAUUAUCUUCGUUAAGAGCACGCUCCGUGCUAACGAACUUAACAAGCUCUUGGUUGAGUGCAACUUCCCCAGUAUUGCGGUGCACUCUGGUGUCAGCCAGGAAGAACGUAUCAAACGGUACAAGGAGUUCAAGGAGUUCAACAAGCGUAUCUGUGUCGCUACUGAUGUCUUCGGUCGUGGUAUUGAUAUUGAGCGUAUCAACCUUGCCAUCAACUACGACUUGCCCGCUGAUGCCGACUCUUACUUGCACCGCGUUGGUCGUGCUGGUCGUUUCGGUACCAAGGGUCUGUCGAUCUCAUUUGUCAGCACGGAGGACGAUGAAAAGGUUCUCAAGGACAUCGAAAAGCGGUUCGAGGUCGCCCUCCCCGAGUAUCCCGAGGGUGGUGUGGACUCGAGCACCUACAUGGCAUAAAUUGAUGGGUCAUAGGCGUCAAUGGACAAGCCCUGCGGCUAAAUUAUUUCCCUAUGCUCUUGCUUGUUGAAUUUGUUCUACCGCUGUGUACUUUUUGCUCAUUUAUUUCCGUCUAUUUCAUUUCUUUUUGGCGUGAGGGCUCGGUUGCAAUUUUGUCUCUGGCAGUGUCUUGACUUGCUUCUCUUAUGGAGACACGGUGAAAUAUACGAUAACGGGUUAAACAGAGACAUCUGGAAAGGGAAAAAAAAUUAAGUGUUCAUCGAUUAUAAAUCCAGGUUUAAUUCGGGCAGCCGUGGAUAUGCUAUGUAUCAACUUCUGUAAUAGAGCGAUGAGUCUUGGCUUGCUUGUAAUUCCCGUAGUCCGAUCCGAUGCAU